GGAGGGAAGGAAGGAAGAGAGGGAGGCGGGCAGGCGGGCGGGCGCGGGGGUCGGGGACUAAGGCAGCAGAGGGAGGCGAGAGCCCGGCAGCCGCCUCGCGCUGUUUGCUGCGCGGGCUUUUGGAGGGGGCGGCCGUGGAGUCGGCCGAGGAGAAGCGGGCACCGGCGGCGUUGGUGCUGGCGCCUGGGGGCGGGGGACUGGGGAGGCGAGAAGGGGGGUCGCUGCGGUGGUUCUCUCGCUGUCGCGCUCUCCUUGCUUUUCUCCCGGCUCGGGGGGCUCCUCCCGGCGUCUUCCUCGCCUCCGGGGCCCCGAUCCCCGCCCCCCGCGGUAUGUCUUGAUCCCGAGCAGCGGGUUUCAUGGGGCUCCUCAGGAUUAUGAUGCCGCCCAAGUUGCAGCUGCUGGCGGUGGUGGCCUUCGCAGUGGCGAUGCUCUUCUUGGAGAACCAGAUCCAGAAACUGGAGGAGUCCCGAUCGAAGCUAGAAAGGGCUAUUGCAAGGCAUGAAGUCCGAGAAAUUGAGCAGAGACACACGAUGGAUGGCCCUCGGCAAGAUGCAGCUUUAGAUGAGGAAGAGGACAUGGUGAUCAUUUAUAACAGAGUCCCCAAAACAGCAAGCACCUCUUUUACCAAUAUUGCCUAUGACCUGUGUGCAAAGAACAAAUACCACGUUCUUCACAUCAACACUACCAAAAAUAAUCCAGUAAUGUCACUACAAGAUCAGGUGCGCUUUGUAAAGAAUAUAACUUCCUGGAAAGAGAUGAAGCCAGGAUUUUAUCAUGGGCACGUUUCUUAUCUGGAUUUUGCAAAGUUUGGUGUGAAGAGGAAGCCAGUUUACAUCAAUGUCAUAAGGGACCCUAUCGAGAGGCUAGUUUCUUACUAUUACUUUCUGCGAUUUGGAGAUGAUUAUAGACCAGGGUUAAGACGACGAAAACAAGGAGACAAAAAGACCUUUGAUGAAUGUGUGGCUGAGGGCGGCUCAGACUGUGCUCCCGAGAAGCUCUGGCUUCAAAUCCCGUUCUUCUGCGGCCACAGCUCAGAAUGCUGGAAUGUGGGAAGCAGGUGGGCUAUGGAUCAAGCCAAGUACAACCUGGUUAAUGAAUACUUUCUGGUGGGAGUUACAGAAGAGCUUGAAGAUUUUAUCAUGUUAUUGGAGGCAGCUUUGCCUCGGUUCUUCAGGGGCGCCACAGAACUCUACCGUACAGUAGGAAAGAAAUCCCAUCUUAGGAAAACCACAGAGAAGAAGCUCCCUACCAAACAAACCAUCGCGAAGCUACAGCAGUCUGACGUUUGGAAAAUGGAGAACGAGUUCUACGAGUUUGCACUGGAGCAGUUCCAGUUCAUCCGAGCCCAUGCCGUGCGGGAAAAAGACGGAGACCUCUACAUCCUCGCCCAAAACUUUUUCUAUGAAAAGAUUUACCCUAAAUCGAACUGAGUCCAAGGUAUGGCAGUUAGAGUCUCCAGCUAAAACUUUGAGCCCGUCUUCACCUUAGUUCUCAGCUCCACAACUUGGACUGCUGAUCGGUGUACAAGACAGUGUGUACUGAGCUGAGUUAGGAUACAGUGACCUCAAGGAAGUAGAUUCUGCCUGAUAUGUCAGUGGCCUAGGAACUUUAAGUUUCAGCCUUUUUUUUUCCUGGUUAAAUUUUGGUGGGAGUCAUAACCUCCUGCCUAGACAAAACCUACACAUCAGCUAACAAAAACACAUAGCAGGUUUAUACAAAUUCAGAAAAGGUAAAUACAGUUUCAGAAAAGUUCUGAUACUCUGUUUUUGAUAAAGCAUUUUUUUUUUCAACUAACCAUGAGUGAAGAUGAAUCCAUUUGCUAUUUCCACCUUCACCUGGAGGUUUGGGUUAUACACCUCUACUGAAUAGUGUUAUUAACUGGCAGUGCGUGCUUUGUUUUUGUUUUUGUGAAUCACGUCUCAUGACAUUUGUUGGGAUGUUUGAUCAUGUUUGCUGAGGAUGUUUCUGCUGCAGUUGGAAUUGCCCAUAUUUAUGUAGAUUGUUUUAUUUUCUUAAAAAAAAAGAUUAUUAGUGUUAAAAAUCAAUUUAAACCAUUACUAAUACUGUAAAAAGAAUCAAAGCAGUAUUUCUCAUUCCUGUCUCCCCCAUAUCUAGGAUUGGGGAAACACUUCAAAGAAUGUUGACAUUGCCUGAAGUUUUAGCUAAGGCUUCCACACAUUCAUAUCAAAAAAGUAAGUUUAGCAUUUGUUUCUCCAUGGGUUAUUUAUCAAGCUGUAAACUGAGGUACCGGUGACUCCAUAUUAUAAUUCCAUCAGUGAGCUGUGGUAUGGGUAGGGUUUUCCUACUUCUUCUGUACUUUUUCUUGUAGACUAUUUUUACUAAGGUGCUUUAUAAUGUGUUUUAAAGCAUUGCAUUUACAAAAAAUAAAAAAAGGAAAAUGCUGUAAAUAUUGCAUAUUUUAUGUAUUUGGACCAAAAAGUUAUAAGUAAUUAGACAAAAGUGGUUUUGCACCAGUUUUAUUAUGUCGAGUAAGACCAUCAGACCUACUGUUCUUGUAUUUCUCAUUUAACUUUACUGUUAAGACAUCACUGAAAUGAACUUCAGUAACCUUUCCAUUUGGAUAGACAGUACAUUAUUCAUGAUCGGAGGCGGUAGUUCAAGUGGAAAGAGUGCGGGACAAGAAGUCAGAAAACUUGGUUUCUUCUCCUGGCUCUGCCACUUACCAGCUGUGUGACCUUGGGCAAGUCACUUAACCUCUCUUUGCCUCAGUUUCCUCAUCUUGAAAUGAGGAUGAUAAUACCUGCUGUACCUACCUCACAGGGGUGUUGUGAGGAUUAAACGAGAUGGCAUGUGAAAGCACUUUGAAAACUGUAGCGUGCUCUAGAAAUGUAAGGUGUUAUGGAAACAUCUUUAACGUAUAGUUUACACCAUUCAUUUUUUAACAAAGAAGGAGAAAAGUCCACUUAAGCUGGUUGAAAAAAAAAAGUUAACCCUGAUAUAAAUUUGUGUUUGAUAAAUAGCUUCUCGGUGUUUUAUCUUCCCUGUUUCAACAACUAUUGAAAUAUUGAAACACCUGUGAACUCUUACAGAUUCAUGAGCAGCUGCUUGAGUUCAGGAGGUUACCUGUUUGGGGGGGAAAAAAAAAGACUUCAUUAACUGACUCAGGACAGGGGAAAAUUUGCUCUUCAAAUUUGGAAGAUUUUUCUGUUUUGACUUUACGUUAACCAUUCAGAAAUGGUAGCUAUUUUAUACCUCUGGUUUUUAAGGUAUAUUCUAUUUUGCAGAGUUUAAUUUCCCUGUGCAUUCUUUAUCUUCUUCCGCUUCUUGGAGUCACAGAGAUAAAGAAUUUUUAGAAACAUUUUCUAAAAGAAGAAUCUUUAAUAUGUUUCGUUUAAAUACAUGUUCCUGAACAAGGCCUCACCAAACGAUGAAAGCAUUUUAGGCAGGUUGCUUUAAAGGUUAUCAAUUACAUGGGAGGAAAAAGGAGGGAACACUGCUAAUUAAAAGACAUGUAUAAACAAAAUUAAAGUUCAAGGACAUUGACAGAAAGAAUCACUUUAGCACCCCUUGCCCCCCGAAAUAGGAACAUAUUAAGAGGACACCAACAGGCGUACUUUCCUUGUUUGGCUUUCUUUCUUUUUUUGUGUACUUAAUACUCUUUUCAGAUAUUUAUUGAAAAUACAUAUGAGUGGUUUCCUUGCGUGGAAGUGAAGCACCAGCUCAGGACAGGGCACCCGACACUCAUCUGCUGAGGAGCCCCAGGAGGCAGGUUGUGCUUGGAGCACAUGCUGACCUCCUCUUGAGGAGCAUCACUUCCGUUAGGUUCCUGGAGUAGCACAUAGCGCACUAGGUCUGGGGUCAGUAAACUUCGUCUAUAAAGGUCCAGAGAAUGAAGAGUGUUUCAGACCUUGCAGGCCAUCGGUCGCCUUCAUGACGACUCAGCUCCGCCGUCUCAGCACAGAAGCAGUCGUAGACGGCACAUAAACGAGUGAGCAUGGCUGGGUCCCAAUAAAACUUUAUUACUAACACAGGUGACAUGCCAGAUAGGGACCAUGGGUUGUACUUCACCAAUCCCUGUAACAUGAUUAUUUAUGGAGAAAUCACUUUUGAACCUGUACUCUAGAGAGGGCCUCAAAGAGUUUAUAUACUUCCCCAAAAGCUCCUAACAUAUAUCCAAAGAAUAGCUUUCUGAUUCAGGCGGCCUCUCCCACAGAUUCAUAAACUUAUACGACAUAGAUUGCUUCCAGGUGGGCAUGUUUUUCUUUCCCAGUGUAGCAGUUCAGAAUAGGGGCAUUUACUCCGUCACCUUUUAGGGUGGGUUAGAAGCAUCCUUCUGAGAGACUGGGGAAGGGCUCCAUCUAACUCCGUGUGGUCCAGUGUCAUCCUAGGAGUCUGACAAGCGCAGAGUCCUUAUGAUACCUAACUUUAUAAUCCAAUCAAUAGAACCACUGAGACAAUAAUGUAUUUUUUUAAAGUGGCAAAUGUGGUUUUCUUUUUUUAGCCUUUGCGCUUUUUCAGUCUUUUGAUCAUGGGAGAAAAAAAAUUUUUUUUAUAUAAUACAAAAGCAAAUUAACCACUUUGAAUUUUAAAAGAUGAUGUUACGUGUGUAUGUGUAUGUAUCUAUAUGUUUAUUUCCUGAAAGAGGAAAAAGUAUGUUUUUGUUCAACUUGUAUCAACUCCUGUUUUCUAAUUGCUGUGAAAUGGCAACUGUUGAUAAAUUAUUGUGACUGUUUUAAAACGUACUGGGGAGGAUAUAUUUUGAUUUUACCCAGCUUUAAUCUGUAAAGUAUCACUUAAAUAUAUCUGAUAGCAACACUUAAAAUAUUGCAUGGGGGUUACUUUUCUAUCAUCCAUACGCAUUUGUGCAACUUGGAACAUAUUGGGUGCUUCCGAAUCCCUGAUGAUUGGGUUUAAAUGACUGAAAAUCAGAGAAAACCUUACUGACUUUUAAACUUUGCAUUUUACUUUCUAUUCUUAAAAAUUCAGUUAAUGCCUAUAAUUUGAAAUCUACUGUUGCUCUUUCUCAAUAUAUGUCCUAUUGGAAAUUCCUAAACUUGUCAGUGCCAUCAGUGAUUUACAAACGUAUUUUGAUAUUGCAAAUGAUUUGCUCAUUGUAUUUGCAUAGCUAGAAAGAAAAUAGUUUGUAGACAAUGAUUCUCUUUUUCUAAUAAAAUGAAAUAAAAAUUCUAAAAGCACUAGAGAAUUUAACUAAAGGCUGGUUCCCAAAUGCAUAGCUGGUACUUUAAUUUAUAUUCAGAUUCUACAUAGAGAACAUGUGUGUAAACCAUCUAUCCAGGUUUUCCCAUUGAUCAUCCUCCAACACACACCUAUGGUCCCAGAAUCCUUUGUUACGAGAAGCACCCAGUACUGUAAACUUUUUACAAAGUCUGGCUUUAAGAGGCCCAGGUGCUUCUACUUCAUGAUCUGAAAAUUCGCCUCUUCAUAAAUUAGUGCCAUUUGCUUUUGAGAGGAAGCAAGGCAAUUGCUGUUGAAUUUUUGCAUCCAUUUACCCUCCGCAAAGCUGCCAGCAGAUGCCAGCUAAACUGCUGUUCAGGCAGCCUUUUGAGGAGAAACGCAACUCUGCUCCAGAUGCACUGCCAAUUCAGCUCCUCUGGAGUGGAGCUUCCUUUCUGAUUUCCUGGAGUGGGAAUUGUGAAGACUGAACUGGGCGAUCAGCUAGUCAGAUUUAUCCUGUAACUUAAGUUCGCGCAGCUUUGUGACCUUUGCAGUACUAUUUAUAGAAGGAUCCUGAUGGGCAUCUCUUUAAAACACAUGGCAGGUGACCCUGUGAGGAAGACAGACUGGUCCUGUCCACUUGAUUUUUUCAGACAGCUUCUGUAGCUUUCCUUUGGGAGUCAGGUGUGUGGGCAUCUCUGAAGCAGUGUCGAAUGUAAUUUUGACAAACGUGGAUUGUAUAUUUUGACUUUGGUUUUAUGAAUACACAGACAGCUAAACAGUGCCUUUUUAACCCUCACAAUCCAUGUUGGAAGAUACUGGCUCCUUCCUCUGUCUGCUUUCUCUCUCUCUUCUCUCCCUCCCCUGUUCAGUUGAUUCAUUUAUGCAAUACUGUUUCCAACUUGAAACCAUUUUGUCACAUCUGUUGGAGAGAUAAUCACUCCUUUUCCUUACAUUCUGCCAGCUUUCUGUUGUCGAAGUGUUUCAGUUGACUACCUGAUGCAAAAGCUAUAAAAUAAACACUCAGUGGGAAGGGGAAAAA